GGCGCCGUGACGCAAUGUAGCGUCCUGCUGUCCCGACGGUGUACUUGAGCACCGCUUCCCGUCUUCGCGCCGUUUCAAACGACACCGUCGGGUGUGCGUUACUGGCGAAAAGAUGCGGGUCGCCGUGGUGGGCUCUGGCUGCUGCGGCAUCACGGCCGUCAAGGCGUGCCUCGAAGAAGGCCUGGACGUGGUAUGCUUCGAAAAGGCGUCCAACUGCGGCGGGCUGUGGUGGUACCGGGAGGAGACGCCCGAGUCCGGCGUCGGUACCGUGAUGCGGUUCACCGUGGCCAAUACCAGCAAGGAAAUGUCCUGUUACAGCGACUUCCCGCCGGACAAGAACGCGCCGCUGUUCAUGACACACUGGCAGACCUUGGAGUACAUCCGCAGCUACGCGGACCACUUCGGGGUGACGUCGAAGAUUCGCUUCGACCACGAGGUCCUCAGGCUUGAUCGAGACGGCACGCUGAGGAUCCGGGACUCGACGACCGGACGAGAGUGGGAGGACGUCUUCGACGGGGUCCUGGUGUGCACGGGCCAUCACGGGUCGCCUUUGAUUCCGAACGUUCCGGGCCGCGAGCUGUAUCGAGGGCGUGUUAUGCAUUCGCGAGACUACAAGUACGCCGACGACUCGUUCAGGGAUAAAACAGCGGUCGUCGUGGGAUUCGCCAACUCGGCCAUGGACGUCGCUGUGAACCUCAGCACCGUGGCACGACAGGUUUUCGUCAGCACUAGGCGGAUCAACUGGAUACUUCCAUGCCACUACAAGUCCGUCCCCGUCGACGUGUACGUGCUGAACCAGGCUCGCCUAUGGCUCUACAGUUGGCUUCCCCUCUCUUUCUUCAACCGAUUCGUAGUGCGAUUGGCUAACGACGCCUGGGACCACAAAGCGCUCGGCGUCCAACCCAGUCAUGACGUGAUGAGUCAGGGCCUGGUCAUCAACCAGUACAUAGACGGCAAGAUCCUGGACGGCACCGUCAAGAUACGCGGACCGCCGCAGAGGUUCACCGAGAGGGGACUUGUCAUGAACGACGUCGAAGAAGACGUGGACGUCGUCGUCUUCGCCACGGGGUUCAGAACUGGCCUACCGUUCCCCACCGACGCCCUGCCCAGAGACGGCGAACGGCUCCUGCUCUACAAGAUGAUGAUUCCGCCGGCAAACCCGAACAUCGCCUUCUUGGGCUUCGUCGACGGAAACGCGAACCUCCUGCAGGCGUUCGAAAUGCAGGCCCGCUACGUGGCGCAAGUUUUCUCGGGGAAGGUGAAGCUGCCUUCCAGGGAAGCCAUGGAGGCCGAUGUGGCCUCCACACAGCGGAAGAUGAAGUCCUUCUUCAUCCCGACGCCUAGGCACUCCUUGAUGAUAGACAGGGUCGCGUACGUCGACGAUCUCGCGAAGGUCAUUGGCGUUAAACCAAACUACCUAAAGUUGCUUCUCACAGACCCCAGACUCUACUACGCUCUAGUGACGUCACCUGUCCUCAACUACCAGUACAGACUACAAGGACCACACUCUUGGGAAGGAGCUCGCGAUGCCAUCCUGGGAUUCCAGGAGAGAUUAGAAGCUCCGCUUAAGCGCAGAAAAAACGACGAAAACGUCCGCCCAUCCCGAUCGAGUCUUCACAUUACUGCGGGGAAGUUGUCCGUACUGUUAGUCGCCGUUGGAGUCUUGGUGUACCUAAGCGGUGGGUCGUUGAAAAGUGCGCAGCUCAACGUUUCUUUCGCCUGUGAGAGGAUAGCGAAGCGCUUGCCGCUGUUCGCCGCCACCCCUCUACUCUCUGUAGCGAAGUGCAUUGUAUAGCGAAUUCAGACGGGGGUGCAGCUUAAGUGCUCAUACCUUAACUGCAAAUAAAUGUCUGGCUGUUUGACAUUGGAAAUGCGUAUAGGUGGCUUUCGCUUUACGAUGUACAGCGCUGUUGAUUAUAAGACAUGUACCUGUAAGAUAGUAUCGUGCAGAGACAUCAAUUCUUUAGCCUGUCCUAUCUGACGUGUGCCUUGAACAUAUUAGUCUCUGAUAGGUCGAGAGAAAAAUAAGUGAGGGGCUGGAAGGUUAACCAGACGCACGCCCUUUUCUACCGUACGUUUAUGUGGUCGUCAGCCACGACAAUUUCCAUUCUGCGUGUGUUGUGUGUACAGAACUCAAAAAAAUAAAGAAUCGCCUGUUCAUAAUGUGCCGAAUCGAAA